AUGCCUUCUCCUCCUGCCUCCCGCACACGUUCUUCCUCUGCUUCUUCUUCUUCCUCCUCUUCCUCUUCUUCUUCUUCCUCCUCUUCCUCUCCUUCUGUAUCUGCUGUGCCUGUACUAGUAGCUACCCCUGCCCCUGCCGUUGCCUCUGCUGCACAACCACAGCCUCAAUCCAUUGAUCCCAGCCGCACCCAGGAAAAUCAGGAACAACACCAGCAUCAUCAUCAUCAUCAUCAUUCACAACCACCAUCACCACGAUCACUACGACCACCACGACCACCACAACCACAACCACCACCACCGCCGCCGCAACAGGAACAACACCAGCAAUCCUACAACACUCGCAGCAACUUCCUCCACCUCCAACAAUACCGCCUCCAACAACACCAGCAGCAGCAGCAACAACACCAAGAACCCCCCUCCAGCCCCAAGCCCAAACGCAAAAAGGACAAACAGCGCCGCCGUACACGCCGCGGCUCAACCGCCAUCAUCGGCGACAUCCUCAUCGACAACAGCAACGUCCCUGCAAACCAAACAAUGGGCAGCCCCAGCUCCCACGGCGGCGGCCACGGCCACUCGCAGCUGCCGCUGGACCCACGCUCCCAGCUCUUCCACCACCACAACAUGAGCACCACCUCCAUCGGCAGCUCCGUGCUGCUCGACCACCGCGACCAGCAGUCUAUGCGGCCCCGCCGGCAGAGCACGCAGCUCGGCAGCGCAUCGGCCAGCGCCGCGGGGAACCUCCUCUCCGCGGGAAAGAGCCGCACGCCCCGGGUGGAGCGAGGAAGAUUCUUGUGGAACCAGGACGGGAAUGGCGAUGACGAUAGCGACAACGAGAAUACGCCGUUGAUGGCGCGGUCCACGCGGUCCUUGGGCAGCAACGAGACGAGCAUCUCGCCCGUGUUCUCGGGGAAGCCGAAGCGGUCGCGGCCGUCGACGGCCGAGUCGGGCAGCGUGGGGAGGCGGCCGGCGCUCGUGCUGCCGCCCCAGCAGCUGGGAUAUGGCAGCGUCAAUUUCCCGCCGUCGAUGCCGGGGAGCCCGAGUUUGGGGCCGCGUGGGCCGCUGUUGGGCAUGGGGAUCGGGUCCCAGAAUGAGUUUGCGAAUGACCACUUGGGCAUGCCGAGUAGGUUGCAUGAUAACGAUACGAUCAUUACCAUGGAGGAUGGCGGAAAUGAUCACUUGUAUCCCGAUUCGCACUGCCAGACGCCGCCGCAUGAGAUGGGGCCUGGGCAUCGGAAGACGACGGCGGAGGAGGAUGUGUGUUUCCCCGUGGACGACGGACUCACGGACGACGAGGUUGCCACUAUUCAUGGCGAGGUCCGCACCCGCCCCCGGCGUCGCACGCGGGCGUGGCCCGACCUGGCGGUGCUGGAGGAAUGGAGCAGGGACGAGAAGGAGGAGCGCAGCGAGGGAAUCAGGGCCAAGAAGACGUCGGAGCCGGUCUAUGUGGGCGGGCGACUGCGGGCGCCGCAGAGAUCGGGCUGGCACAGGGAGGUGGAUGACGAGCCUUACCGGUUCACGUACUUCAACGACGAGAUCCCGGCGACGAUCCACUCGCAUACCAUCUCUGAGCUCCUGCAGCCCGGACAGACGUUCAAGGAGCUGUUCAGGCCGGAGCCGCGGGUCCUGGACGAUAGCUCUGACGAGGAGGAGGACGAGAUCCACGGCGGGGGUACUCGGAGGCCGAGACGACGACCAACAAUAGCCGGGCAACAGUAA